AGAUAUUUGGAGCAUUUGAACAAAGCCAGGGGCUUUGGUAUUAAAAAGGGAAUUAGGACUGGGUUGCAGAAUGGGCUCAAAUGGGGAAAUGACUUUCUAGGCUAUGCUCUUGGUUUCUAUUACGGAGGCAUAUUAAUCAGAAGUGGCGAAUACAGUGUGUCUCAAAUGAUGACAGUGAGUACAUUUAUUGGAAUAUGUGUUUAAAAAAUAUAUUUCAAUGUUAAAUUUUAAAUUAGUAGUCGCUACUAAGUUUUUAGAAUUAGCAAAGUAGAAUUGUUAUAUUAGCCAUCUCAAUUUGAAAAAAAUAAAAUUUAUAUUUUAAUGCAAGUAGGGAUGCAAGAAACUCUAGAUUGAGAGCCCUUUAACUUUCAUGUGUCCCUUAGCCUUAAACUCCUAGUGCCUCUUUACUUUCAGGUGCCCCUUAACUUUUGUGUGGCCCUUAUCUUCAUGUUGCCCCUUUACUUACCGAUGUUCCGAAUUCUGAAAAACAAUCUAGAAAUAGACUAUAACUGGUAAUAGUUCCACAAACCUAGCAGUAUAAUAUAACUUGUUAGAAGUAAUUGGCGGUGGAAUGGACCCAAACAAACACAACAAAAUACACAGGUAUCACAAAGCAGGCAAUGAUAUGGAACUCAAUAAAGUGAUAAAGACAAUGGAGGUCUCAGAAUUCAUUGGGACUCAACCUGAAUUUAACGAGUAAAAUGGUCAGAUCAUUUCUUGUGUCCUAUUAGGGCACCACAAGUUUAUAAAUGAUUUUGUUGUAAUUGCAAGGAAAUGAGCUAAACACAUUAUAAGGAGACCUGACAAAAGGACGCAAUAAAACAACGAACGUGUCUGUAGAAGCCUUCACAAAUAAACAGACAACAGUAAAAACAGUAUUAAAUAAAAAUAGCACUUAGCUGUAUUGCAGUAUCCGAGAGAACAGCAUUAACAACAGCUGUAUGAAUAAAAUAUUUGCAGUUAAAAAAGUAGGUCUUUUGUGCAAAAUAAAAUAAUAGAGAUAAUGAAUGUAAAAUACAAUUAAUUUAGGAGAUGCCGAGGUUGUGAGUAGCAUCAAUAUAAUGUUCUUAACUUAAACAUAAUGUCUUGCCUUAAAUUAAUCAAGCAUUCUCUUCGUCAGGUGCUCUAUGCAUCAUUUGUUGGAACUUGGUACAUAUCUUACGCUGCCAAAUCCGCUAGAGGUUUUCAAGUUGCGAAAGUAGCAUCAGUGAAAAUAUUUUCCAUAAUUGAUAAGGUGGGUACAUGAUUCAAAAAUUGAUUUUAAUUUUAGUUACUAUCAGAGGGUCACAAGAUGUUUUGAAAUCUGGUCUGAUAAAAAAAAUAUAAUAAUAAAAUUUAAUGAACAAUUUUGAGAAUUUGUUUUUGAAUAUCAGUCCAUCAGUUCAUAGAUGACAUACUUUAGAGGGCUGUCAGUCCAUCAGUUCAUAGAUGACAUACUUUAGAGGGCUGUCAGUCCAUCAGUUCAUAGAUGACAUACUUUAGAGGGCUGUCAGUCCAUCAGUUCAUAGAUGACAUACUUUAGAGGGCUGUCAGUCCAUCAGUUCAUAGAUGACAUACUUUAGAGGGCUGUCAGUCCAUCAGUUCAUAGAUGACAUACUUUAGAGGGCUGUCAGUCCAUCAGUUCAUAGAUGACAUACUUUAGAGGGCUGUCAGUCCAUCAGUUCAUAGAUGACAUACUUUAGAGGGCUGUCAGUCCAUCAGUUCAUAGAUGACAUACUUUAGAGGGCUGUAAAAAGUAAAACCGUGAAACAAAACCUAAUCAAAAACUGACAUAGGAUGAAUCAAUGGAAAUGACAAUCUCAUAGAUUGCAUACACUAUAAGUGAGAGAAAGAAAGGGUCGAAUCAGUGUUUACAUUCACUUUAAAAAUAAAAUGUUUAUGUAAAUAUCCAACGAACACAUGAUAUUAGUUGUAUGUUGAAUUAUCAAUUUGCAAUCUAAUUAACAAAUAAUUGUAUUCAUAAGAUAACAACUCACAUUGGUUAUUUUUUAAUAUGCAUCUAUAUUUCCUAUUUAACCUUGUCAUUCAUUUGGCUUCAGAAAUCUACCAUAGACAGCAGUUCAAAAGAAGGUCUUACACCCCAGUAUAUGUCAGGAACAAUUGAGUUUAAAAAUGUAACGUUCGCUUACCCUUCUCGACUGGAGGUCAAGGUUAGAAAAUAAAAUAAAGAAAUCAGCUUUAAGCUGAAUUAAUUUACUUAAUGAAGUUGCUCAAAAUAGUUGUGCCUGCAUCCCUGGGGGGGGGGGGGGGGGGGGGGGAGGGGCAAGGGGUUCGGGGGCCCCAGAAAAAAAAAAUUUACUAGCAUUUUUAUCGCUUGAAAAAUGUUUUGAAAUUGAAAUGGAGUGGGAAAUGUUUUGAAAUCAAGGAGGGGUGUGGAGUCGUAAAAUGCUAAGAAAACCAAGAAUUAAAAGAUCAAUUUAAAUAGGCCUACCAAGACAAGAAAAAAUGAAUAACUUUUGUAAAUAACCAUAUCAAUCCCGUAACGAAGCAGAUAAAUGUAGAUACAAAUAUUUUUAAAGAUAGAUUCUAGGCCUAUAUGUAGAUAAAAAAAAUUUCUACAACGUUUCAUUAUCAAUCAUAUUUUAAAAAACACACUAAAGUUUUCAUCAGGCCCUUCCUAACAAUUGAUACAACAAAGAGGCUGAUGUCUGCAUUUGUGCUAUCACGCAUGGACUAUUGCAAUGCUCUCAUGGUGGGUCUUCCAGCUACGCUCCUGGAUAAAAUUCAAAUAGCACAGAAUAAUGCGCUCGCAUUGUUCUCCGCAAACGCAAAUUCGACCAAGCAAAAACACUUCUGAGAGAGUUGCAUUGGCUGCCGGUGCGUGCUCGCAUAGAGUACAAAAUUGCAACUUUGUGCUACCGCUGCUUACAUGACCUGGCGCCGUCCUAUCUGAAAGAGCUGCUGACGCCUUAUGUACCCACUAGAGAGCUCCGCUCAUCCGAUAGUGGCAAACUCUCGACACCACGUGUUUGCCUUGAGACUUACGGAAAGCGCACUUUCGCAUUUGCUGGUCCAACAAUUUGGAAUGCCCUUCCAGUCGAUCUCAGAAACAACCAGACACUGGAGUCCUUUAAAACCGAUCUAAAGACACAUCUAUUUCGCAAAUACCUUCUGGGAUGAUUGGCUACCUUAUUUUCCAGUUAAUACAUAAUGGCUGUGUUGCUUGAGGUUGAAAUGGCUAGAAAGACUUUGAGAUUGUAUGCUUGUAAUUAGUUUUUGUAGUGUUGCGUUUGUUUUAAAUGUGGUUAAAUAUAGAUAUGUUUUUUGUUGACUUUGUACCGCGCUUCGAGCCUUUUGGGGAUGAAGCGUGUUUUUGAAAUGAACUUUAUUAUUAUUAUUAUUAUAAAAAGUUACUUUUGACCUCAAAAUAAUUUAAAAAAUAUUGGUUAAUUUCAGGUGUUAAAUGACCUUAACCUUACGUUGUCCAAGGGUCAAACUGUAGCCCUGGUUGGUGCUAGUGGAUGUGGUAAAUCAACGGUUGUACAGUUAAUUCUCAGAUUUUAUGACCCUAUUCAGGGAAAGGUAAUUUAUGCCUCUUUUAUUUUUAUGAGUGUUUUAAUUUUUUUUCAAGUUCAUAUUCAUUUUAAAAUUCAAAUGUUCACAAAAUUAAACAAAAGGCUAUUAAUUUAAGAAAACAACAUCCUUCUAAUAAUACGACAUUAGAUAUUUUAUCACUAUAAUUUUUUACAUUGUUUUGUUGUUCGUCCGUCGGGGGGUUGUUGGGAUUACGGUGAGCUCGUAGGUGGCUUGCUAGACCGAUCCUUGCUCGGAAUAAUCUAUGACACCGUGGGCAUGGAAUAGUUGCUUCAGACGAUGACCUAAUGUUGCUCUUUCGGACAAGCCUGCGUGUCUCAGCUGUGGUUAUUCUAUUAGCUUCAUGGGAUUUAGCCCCCUUCUUGACAGCAGCUCACCACCUGGCUCUUUCCUGGUUUGUCUGCACCCAUUGAGUAGUGUUUAUGCUGAAGGCCUUUAGUGCCACUUUCAGUGAGUCUUUGUAACGCUUUUUUUGGCCUCCUUGGGAGCGCUUGCCUAUCGUGAGAUCUCCGAAGAAUAAUUGUUUCGGGAGCCGGUGGUCUGCCAUAUGGGCUACGUGUCCCACCCAACGGAGCUGAGACUGCAUCAGAGUGGUGAAUAUACUAGGUAGGUUCGCUCUAGCGAGGACCUUGGUGUCGGGGACUUUGUCUUGCCACCUGAUGUGGAGGAGUUUCCUGAGGCAGGUGAAAAUGAUUCAGUUUCUUGGCGUGACGCUGGUAGACUGUCCACGUUUCACAUCCAUAGAGCAGUGUCGGGAGGACUGCUGCGCUAUAGACCUUGAGCUUUGUUUCUCGUCUCAUACCUCUCCUGUCCCAAACAGUGCUACGGAGCCUGCCAAAUAGGGCACUAGCUUUUGCGAGUCUGCCAUUCAUUUCAUCAUCCAUGACGACAGAUCUAGAGAGGGUGCUGCCCAAGUAAGUGAAUUUAUCCACCGGGUUGAGACGCUGUCCACUGAUGAUGAUGUUGGGUUCAACGUAGGGCUUACUGGGAGCUGGCUGAUACAUCACAUCAGUCUUCUUUGUGUUGAUUGUGAGGCCAAAGUUAUUGCAGGCCUCAGAGAAGAUAUCAACGCUGUGUUGCAUGACGGCUUCUGAUGGAGCGUUGAGGGCACAAUCGUCUGCAAACAGAAGCUCGUUGGUCGUGGUAUGUUUGACCUUGGUUUUAGCUUGAAGCCUCCUAGGGUUAAAAACUGAUCCAUCAGUACGAAACCGGAUUGGCAAGCCCGUGGUGGAGUUCUUAAACGCAUCAGACAGCAUUGCGGAAUACAUAAUACUGAAGAGUGUGGGAGCAAGAACACAACCCUGCUUUACACCGUUUGUGACGGGGAAUGCUUGAGACGAUUGACCGUUGUCCUGCACUCGGGCCACCAUACCAUCAUGCAGCUGACGGAUGAUGAACUUGUCUGGGCAUCCGUAUUUCUUCAUUAUUUUCCACACGCCACCUCUAUGGACCCUGUCAAAGGCCUUAUUCAAGUCGAUAAAUGUAGAAUAUAGGUCUGUAUUUUGUUGCUGACAUUUCUCUAGAAGCUGUCUAGCAGCAAACACCAUAUCAAACCAUAUCGAUGGUUCCGCGUUUUUUGCGGAAACCGCAUUGACUUUCGGGUAGGAGACCUAGCUCCAGAUGUGCAUUCAGGCGGUUCAGAAGGGCUCGGGCCAAGAUCUUGCCUGCAAUGGACAGUAGUGAAAUUCUGCGGGGAUUGUCGCAUGCCUGGCGGUUUCCUUUGUGUUUGUACAGGUGGAUAAUUGAGGCAUCCUUGAGGUCUUGUGGUACAGUUUCCGUCUGCCAGAUAAUUUGGAAUAAACGCAAUAGCUUACCCGUCAGCGCUGGUCCACCCUCCUUGUAGAUUUUGGCAGGAUUCAUGUCGGGGCCAGGUACUUUGCCAUUGGACAUUUGGAGGAUCGCUGUCUGUAUCUCAUCAAAAGUUGGGACGGCGUCCAUUGAAUUGAUCGUUGGGACCUGAAGGAGUCUUUCAAUGGCCUCAUCAUUAAUGAUGGAAGGUGUAUUGAGCACACUUUCAAAGUGUUCCGCCCAUCUUUCCAAGAUUUAUAAUUUUUUACAUAGGUUUGCAUUGAUGGACGCAAUAUAAAAGAUUUGAACAUUAAAUGGCUACGUCAACACAUCGGUUUUGUUAGCCAGGAGCCUGUUUUAUUUGCCACCACAAUAGCAGAGAAUAUUCGUUAUGGAAGGGAAGACGCCACAAUUGAAGAGAUUAUAGAGGCCAGCAAGAAAGCAAAUGCAUAUGAUUUUAUUAUGGCUUUGCCUUUGGUAAGUUAUAAUCUGUAUAAUUUAUAUUGCCAUCUUAUAAAUUUAAAUAUGAUUUUAUAAUGACUUUACCAUUGGUAAGUUAUAAUCUCUAUAGAUUUUAUUACCUUCUUAUAUUUAUGAUUUUAUAAUGGCUUUACCAUUUAGAUAAUGUUUAAUGACUAUUCAUUACAUUGCCAUCUUUUCAUUAAUUAUGUUUCCAAACAAAACUACAAAUUGAAAUAGUUGAUUUAUGAGAUUAAAAAUGAUUUCAAUUUAUUUAGCAAUAAGAACUUGUAUUAAUGUAAUGUCUCUGUUGCAGCAGUUUGAGACUUAUGUUGGAGAACAAGGGGCACAACUCAGUGGAGGUCAGAAGCAGAGACUGGCCAUAGCAAGGGCAUUGAUCAAAGACCCAAAAAUUCUGUUACUUGAUGAGGCAACCUCAGCUUUGGACACAGAGAGCGAGUCUAUUGUACAAGAUGCUCUUGAAAAGGUUUUAUUCUGGGAUUAAGUAAUUAUUAAUGAAAAAAUAACAUGUUUUGCAAUUAAAAUUAAAUUUGAGCUAAAAGUAUAACAAGAAUUCUUUCUUUAAAACCUCAUUUAGGCUAGUCAAGGGCGAACAACUAUUAUCAUUGCUCACAGACUGUCGACUAUACGAAAUGCUGAUCUCAUUUUAGCAUUGAAAGGUGGAAGUGUAGCAGAGCAGGGCACACAUGAUGAACUUAUGACCAGAGGUGGAAUCUAUUUUCAAUUAGUCACUUUACAGGUUGGUCUAAUUUUAAAAAAAAUUAUUAGAUAAUGUAAAGUUUUCUUUUGCGUAUUUGUAAAAUACACAUAUUUAAUUCGUACAAAUAUUCAUUUUACGGUGGGAUAAGUAUUUAUCAUAUAAAAUGCUACUAUGAAUAGUUACUCGGCACUUUUACAAUUAUUGGUAACAUUUUUAGCUUUUAACAUUCAUUAAAAUUCAAAGUAGCAGAGUUUUUUUAUGCAUUAGUGAAUUUAGUGUCUACUUUCAUUGUAACUAAUUAAGAAAAAUAAACCAUUGUGUAUUCUACAUUAAACUCGGAAACUAGAAUUACAAUGCAUUUAAAUAAAACCCUCAUUCAGUGUUAGUAUUAUAAUUUCAGCAAGAGUUUAAAACAAAGUCUUAAUUUUUAUUUUGUAAUUUAUUUUAUCAAAUGCAUGCAGACCAAAAAAAGUAAGUAGUAUUCAUUUUAAUACUGGUAUUAAAAGAAACACAAUUCAUUACUGAUCAUUAAUCUUGUUGUGAAAUAUGUUAAUGAAAUUGAACUUUCUGAACCACCUUUUGGAAAAGAGCUUUAUGUAUUUACUUUAAAAUAUAAACUAUUACUGAAUGAAUUAUAGAUUAUGCAGUAAUGUAAAUUUAAUAAUAUAUGUCAUUUAUAUAAAAUAAGAGCAUUUUUUAACAAUGCAGACCUGAUUUAACAAGACAAGUUUUCUGUUUUUGUUGUUGGAUUUGAUUUAUAUACAUUCAUUUUUAUACGAAGAUGAGUAUUUCAGUGACAGUGCUAUCCAUUCACCAAAAGAAAAUAAUAAAAAGGCUGAAAAUUUCAGAUGGGACAUGGCAAAAGGGAGCCAAGUUCUAGAUAAUGUGAGUUUUUUUAAUAUCUAUCAAAGAUAUCUCUAAAUCCUCAGCAAAGUUAAAAUGUUUAUUUGACUCAAAUCUUUUAGUAAUCAAUAGCCACAUUGAAAUUUAACAAUAGGACCUCAUCAAAUUCUGAAUACUUUGUCUUCUUGUCCUCAACAUAUUAUAGAAAUACAUCUUUAUUAUAUACAAUUGUUUUUUUUUGUUUUUUUUUAAAGUAUACUGUUUAUUCAUUUGCAUAAUGUCCCUAGAUGUAGGGAUCGAAUUCAAAUGGACUGCAGCUUUAAGUAAAACAUAAUAAUGCAGUUGCUUUUUUUUUAUUCAAUCAAAAUUAUUCAAUAUAUAUAUACAGAUUAAACUAUUUUAUAUACAAUUGUGCUUUAACAUGAUACAUUAAAUAUUAAAAUAUUAGACAUUAGCAACAUUUUAAAAUAUUGCUCUUUAAAUAAAAAUAUGGUUUGUAUAAUCUUUUGCAUUUAAUUUAUUUAUUGAAAAAUAUGUAUUUAAUGUAUUACUAACAAAAUUAUUGUUACAAUUUACAAUGAUUGAGCAUACAUCAUCUAUUAAAUUCUUAUUUGACAGAAAGACCAAAGAGUAGUGGAAAAUGUAAAGCAACAAAAUGUUUUAAUGAGACUGUUGAAACUAAAUGCUCCAGAAAGGCUUUACAUCAGUAUUGGUUUGUUGGGGAGCUCAUUAACUGGUUGUGUACAGUGUAUCUGGUCUCUCUUCAUUGGAUAUAUUCUAGAGGUAGCAAAAUAUUAUUGAAGGAAAUAUUUUUAUUUUUUUGUUUGAUCGUUAUAAAGGAUCAUCUCAUAGUAAGGAAAAGGAAAACAAUUUUUGUGGGAUAUUGUUGGAAAAACAAUUAAACAAUUAAAAUUUAUAUAGGGGACUGUGUUCAAGCUAUAUUCAGUAAAUAAAUAAGUUAACAAGCUAUGUUUAGACUUGAAACAAUACAUUAACAAUUUAUCCGUUAUUUAUUUUAGUAUUGUUUGCUCAAGAAGGCAUCCAGCCAAAACGUCCAUUUAAAUGUCCUGUCUUUUUUUUCAAGCAAAAACAUACCGUAUUUUAUGUACUAUAAGACGCACUUUUCUCUUCAAAAAAUUGCCUCCAAAAUUCAGGUGCGUCUUUACUCGAAAUUAAUAUAAAAAUUUGUAAAAUGUUAUUUUAAAAAAAAAUUGCUGAAAAAUUAAGGUGUGUAUUACAGUCUGUAGCGUCAUAUAGUCUAUAAAAUAAGGUAUACUGUUACAUUAUUUAUUUAAAUAAUUAUAACUUUUAUAAUUUAAUUUUCUUUGUAUUUAUUUAAAGCUGUAUUUAAAAAUCUAGAGUAAAGUUAUGAAGAAGUAAAAAUAAGUGUUUCAAUGUUGGAUUCAAGUGAGGUUCCAUUUGAUGAUACUGCUGAAAUCAUAUAACUUUAAUGCAAUCAUUGUUCUAACAGUAAUUAAAAUCCCUAUUAUUUUAAACAGGCUUUGUCUUCUGUUGAUUUGAAGUCACAGGAGAAAACUAUAAAUCUAAUGAGUCUUCUAUGUGUUGGUGUUGGAAUUGUAGUCAUCUUUACAAGCAUAGCUCAGGUUAACAUAAUAAAUAUUAUAUGCUCAUUAGUGAAAUUUUAACUCGCAGAAGUAACUUUAUUUUCAUAAUUUUGUAAUUUUUCUCUGAAAGUUAAAUAUAUUUUGCUCAGUUCAAAAGUAACUUUUAAAACUCCAAAAAUUUAAAUAUUAUUACUUAUCAACCUGCAUUGAUUCUAUCUGAAUUUGGAAACUGUUGACAAAGAAAGAUUUAAUUUCCAAAUGAAAUUUUCUAGCUAAGGAUACAUGAUUAUGAAAUACUUCUCAACAUUGUAAUCUUUUCUGAGUUACAACAGCCUAAAAAAAUAUCUAAAUAAACUGAAAGUAUGACAAUAUGUUUAAUUGUUCCAGGAUGCAAUGUUAGCUGUCUCUGGUGAAUCUCUCACAACUAGAUUACGUGAUAAACUUUUCAGAGCUACAGUCAGACAAGUAGGUUAUUUUUAAAAUGAAAUUUUAUUAAAUAAUUUUAAAAAUAAAUAUAAAUAUUACAAUUCAUUGCUAAAGAAAAAAAAUACCACUCAUGGCCUCAACUAUCACAUAAUAUUUACAUAUUUUAUUUAUUCCAAACUUUUAUUGAUACGUAAAAUGUUUCAGCCUACACUCUAGUCUCACUUAAUAUUGUGUCCACUUUUCUUUUAGAAAAUGUCAUGGUUUGAUGACCCCAAGAAUUCUAUUGGAAUUCUCACAACCAAGUUAGCCACAGAGGCAUCUCAGGUACAAGAGGUGAGUAUAUGUUUUUAAACCAACCAUUCAAUAAUUUUGUGUACUGUGACACCAUCUUUUCAUUUAAAAAUAUUUCACAUCCAUCCAUCUCUGUGGCACUAUAGCCAGUGUAGGGCUUUGGCCUGCCCCCCCUCCCCACUUCUUUCCACUCAAACCUAGCUAAUGCUUUUAUUUUUCAUGCUUGGAUUCCCUGUAGAUCUUUGUUCACAUCAUCCAUCCAUCUAAGUCUGCCUUUGAGUUGUUUUCCUCUGGGGUUUUGGUUAUGUACCCUCUUCACUCCUCUGUCUUUUGGAAUUCUUUCUAAGUGUCCUGAUAUGCACUAUACAAUACCUGAUUGGUUUGUAUUCCCCAUUCAUAUUACUCCUUUCUUGGUCCAAUUCCGGUGAACUUUUCUCUACCAUGUGUUAAAUUGGGUUUUUUUUUGUGCCAUUUUUGUUAGUGUCAAAGUUUCACUUAAGUAUGUUACAACUGGUCUGAUUACAGUUUUAUAAAUAGUUUUCUUUCCUCUUCUUAUAACGUUUUCACUUUUGAGUAUUUUGUGAUUACUGUAGAUAUUCCUUCUUUUAUUUCUGUUAGUAAUUCAUAUCUUUCAUUUAAUAAAAAUCCUAGGUAUUUGAAUGGAUUUACUUUUUCAAAAGUCUGGAUUCAAAUUUUAAUGGUUUCAUCUGUCUGUUCUUUUCUUAUCAUAGUCAUUUAUUUUGUUUUUUGUUGUUAAAUUCCAGCCCUGCUUUUAGUGAUGUGUCUUCUAAUUUGAAAAAUUUAAUUUGUAAAAAUAUUCUCUAAACAUAAGUAUGAUAUAUUUACUUUCAGAAAUUGUUUAGAAAACUUAGUAUUAAUAGCUUCUAUAUAAAUAAUGUUAAAAUAUAUUUUUUUUAAAAAUACUUUAGGCAUUUACUACAACUAUUGGACUGAUUGUCAACUGUGCCACAAUCUUCACUAUGGGAGUAGUCUUUAUCUUUUACUUCAGCUGGAAAAUGGCUUUUAUUUUUAUAGGUGCUGCACCGAUUGUGCUUGUAAGGUAGAAAUGUUUUUUUUUAUUUUCAGUUAAUUUAAAAUUAAAAGGGAAAAUAUUGAUAUUUAUUCACUACAUUUUUAAUGGCGGUAUAAUAAAUAUACAUUGUUUAUAAAUAAAAUACUUUCUAUCAUCUUUUUAAGAUCACCAAAUAUUUUUUGAUUUGAUAUUUAUAUGUUUUACUUGUGAUAUUUUUGGGUGAUAUUAGAUCUUUAAUACUGGUAAUGUUUUUGGUGCAAAUUCAGAUUUAUUAAGUUUCUUGUAAACAAAAUUUUAAUCAAGACAUAAUUGUUUCUCUCAGUGCUAGAGGACAACAAAAUCUCACACUUGCAAUUAAAAAGGCAUCAAGGGAGUUAAUUGAAAUCACUUCAGCAGUAAGAUGAUAAUAUAUUUUAAUUAGAAUAAAAAACAAAACAAUGAGUAUGAGUAAGUAAUAUCAUAUAAAACAUUUGCUUAUGUAACAGUUCUUAAGUAACAUGAUAACUAGAACUGUUUCAUAGAAAAUGUAAUAUCUUUAUGUCUUUGUGUUUGAGAAUAUAAUUUUUAAAAGAUGCAUUUAUAUAAAAAAGUCAAAUUCACAUGAUAACAUAUUAAUGUACACACAGGAAAUGUCUCCCUCUAGGCCUCUAAUAAAUAGUUAUUAAAAUAAAUUUUAUUUGUUUGCUGUUCUAUAAAAUCAGUUUAAAAUUAAAAUCACUGUUUUGUUCAUAUUAAAAUGUGCUUUUAAAGAUUGAAUUAAUGGUCUCAAAUUGUUCAUUAUUUUAAAUGAACUUUACUAGGGUGCUUUACAGAGUAUCAACAAUAUUCGAUCUGUUGCCUCAUUGACUAUAGAAGAUGAGUUUUAUGAACAAUACGCAAGAAGCUUUGAGAAAUCUACUCACAGUAUGAAUGGCUACCUUCUCCGUGCAGGAAUCUGCUAUGGCUUUUUCACAUCCAUUCCUUACUUUGUUAAAUGUGUUGGUUUCAUUGUUGGAGGAAUGUUGGUAGAAUCAAAAGAACUGGAGUUUUAUAACAUGUUAAGGUAUAAAUAUAUAAAAAAAACUCAAUCAUUUUUGUAUUUUGCAAUAAAAGCAUUUCACGUUUCUUUCUAAACAUAGAGAGAAAAAACAAGCAGGGUGAUAAUUUAUGUAAACCGUUACCAUUGAUUACAUAUUUUUAGGCUGGCCAUCAAAUAGUCUUAUCUCAUUUCUUAAAUGCAAACAUUUGGUUUAAUACAAAUUAAUAUUCCAUAAUAUUAAGCUGUUUUUCUACAAUAUUCUUUAAUUUUUUUUUAUUUUAGAACAUUAACCUGCAUGUCUAUUAGCUCUACCUCACUAUUCCAAGGACUCAUACUUCUGCCAGAUGCCACAGCUGCAAAUUUUUCCGCAGAAAAAAUCUUUACUUUAAUAGAUGAGGCUCCUACCAUUGAGGAAUGUAGUGGUGGUAGCUUAACUAUAGAUGAGGUAAAUCUGACAGAAUAAACGUACGUCUGAGGUUUUAAUAUCUAUUGCCAAAUAAUCAAAUUUGUAUGACAUUAAACUUUAAUCUUUACAUACAUUAUUAUGUUCAUGAACUUACCAUUUACCUAUCUCCCCUAGGAAGAGUUUAAAAGUUCUGUCCAUUUUUCUGGGGUCCACUUUCACUAUCCUAUGCGCUCAGAACAAUCAGUCCUUAACGGCCUUGACCUUCAAGUUAGCUCAGGGAAAACAUUGGCUUUGGUUGGUGAGAGCGGCUGUGGUAAAAGUACAACAAUGCAACUCUUGGAGAGAUUUUAUGAUUGUCAACAAGGAAAUAUUGUAAGUUUACCUGUGUGACAUCUUGUCAUAAAAUGCAUUGUCAUCACUUAAUAACUUAAUAAAAAUUACUGCAUAAGUAACAGGGCUCUGUUACACUAAGUUUGUUACAGUGGGUCUGGAAAAAUGCAAAAUGAUUAAAUUAUUAAAUAUUAUUCUGUAACAUUUAAUUUGAGACUCACUGCAUUAUUUUGUGAGAUAUUUUAAUAGAUUUGCCUAAUUAUGAUUUAUAUUGAUGUGUUCUUUGAUUAAUUAAUAUUCUUUAAACGCUAGUUUUGUACAUCAAUUAUCAACAGCUGUUAGAUGAUAAAUAUGACAUCAAGGACUUGAACAUUCCAUGGUUACGCCUUCAAAUUGGCCUUGUAUCCCAGGAACCGGUUCUGUUUGAUAGAAGUGUCUCUGAAAAUAUUGCUUAUGGUGACAACUCUAGAAAUGUUAAUAUGGAGGAGAUUAUACAGGCAGCUCGUGCUGCCAACAUACACAAUUUUAUAGAAGCCUUGCCUUGUGUAAGUCUAGAUUUGUCUUUGUAAUGAACUAGUUAAAAUCAAUACAAACUUUUCUUUUCCUUUUAAAUUAAAAUUUUAAUUAAUUAUCUUUUGUGUACUUUUUCAUCAAAUUCUUUUGGUACAAUUAAAGUGUUACAAUCACCAAUGUGGUACAAUCACCAAGCUUGUGCAAUUUUAGAGAUCCAGCACUCAUGAAGAUGCUGCAUUCAUUUGGAUGGUAUAAUCAUCAAGAUGUACAAUCAUCAAGAUAAAACAAUCAUUGAGAUGAUGCAUUCAUUGAGUUGGUCCAUUUAUCAAGAUUGUAAAAUCUUUGAGAUGUACAAUAUUUAAGAUGGUACAAUCACCAAGAUGGCACAUUUAUAGAGAUGGUACAAUCACCAAGAUGGCACAUUUAUAGAGAUGGUACAAUCAUCAAGAUAAUACACUUAACAAGAUUUUACAAUCAACAAAAUGGUACAAUCUAUAAAUUUAAACAUUUCAGGGUUAUGAAACAAACGUUGGAAGCAAAGGGACACAACUUAGUGGUGGCCAGAAACAGAGAAUAGCAAUAGCAAGGGCACUUGUUAGAAACCCAAAAAUAUUAUUAUUGGAUGAGGCAACAUCAGCAUUGGACACAGAGAGUGAAGAGGUAAAAAAACUAAAUUUUAUUAAAUAAUAAAGCUUGUGAUUUUUAGAAAAUUUUAUUGAAAAUUUUCUCAGUCUCAUUGAAAACAAUACAUUUUUUUUUCGGGUGUGGGGUGAGGGGGGGCAAUGUGUGUUACUUUCAGGUGUUUUAUAAUAAUGGAGUAAGUUGACUGAUGCUUUUAAAAAAAAAAAAAAACUUAUUUAGUCUCAUCAUCUUAUUUUGACUUGAUGAUUUUGAUUUGGAACAUCUUUAUAAAAUCUGUAUAUCUUUAUAAAACCUUUAUAUAUUGAGAAAUUUUUAAAAAAUUAAUUAGUUAAUGUAGAGAUUUUCUUUAAUAGAAGAACAAUUAUUUCAAAUUUUGAAAUAUUUACUUAUUUACUCAGUAGAAGUAAAAAAAAAAAUAGUUGUUUUAUGAUUCAUAAAUCAUUUUUAAUUGGUAAAUAUCAUUUCAAUAUUUUUGUUAUGUAUAACGACAUAUCAGGUAGUACAAGAGGCUUUGGACAAGGCAAGAAAAGGUCGCACCUGCAUCGUUAUAGCUCACAGGUUAAGUACAAUCACAUCUGCUGACACCAUUGCUGUGUUAAAGAAAGGUGUCAUCCAUGAAAUCGGAACGCACAGGAAACUCAUGGCCAAACGUGGUCUAUAUUACCAGCUACAGAUGACCCAGACUGGUUAA